AUGGGAGUUUGCAUACCCAAUAUACCCUCAAUUCGUUCUGUCUUCCAUCCGACCUCACAGGUCGAGAAGUUCGCGAGCACGCUGCGAGCAGAAGCGCUAGUCGAAAUGAUUGCAAUCCCUUCUCAGCAUGAUCGUGAAGAUCUGCGUACCGAACACCAUGGACCAGCAAGGAAUCCUCAAAGACACGGAAGUUACGACUCAAAGAUACACCUGCCGCCAGAUUUCAAGCCAUGGUUGACGGGAGACCCGUACCAUCAUUACAUUCCGAAGAAAGAGGACCCAUGGCAGGAAUGCUUCAAACUGGUGCUGAAAUUCGAUGAUGAGAUGUGUCGAGGAUGGAGGGAAGAGAUUGACACGUUACUGGUUUUUGCUGGUUUAUUCUCAGCUGCAGUGACCGCUUUUACGGUUGAAUCGUAUCGUUGGCUUCAGGAAGAUGCUGGCGACAUUCAAGUCCAGCUCCUCCAGCGGAUCUCAUCGCAAGUGGGCUCUCUUCAGAGUAACCAAAGCCAACCAGCACUAUCUGAUACUUCUCUUUCUACAUUUCUCCCUGAACCAUCCUCUGUGCGGAUCAAUGUAUGCUGGUUUACCAGCCUCACCCUUUCCCUCACCGCAGUCCUUGUCGGAAUUCUUUGCAAGCAAUGGUUACGAGAAUACCAACGCUACGAAGGUCUUUCUGCACAAGAUGCCCUCCCAGUCCGCCAACUCAGAUAUGAGGGUCUCCUGGGAUGGCAUGUCCCAAAAAUACUCUCAGCCCUCCCUCUCUUACUUCAGGCUGCGCUCGUUCUUUUCCUCAGCGGUCUCUUGGAUCUUCUGUGGACGAUGAACACACAGGUUGCCUCAGUCGUAACCGCGGUAGUCGGAAUCACCAUGGUCUUCUUCAUGGCGACGACAAUCAUCCCUUGCAUCCAACAUCUCGCCCACCUCUCGAGGGUCUGGACGGUGGGCGGCCGUGAGCCAGGACCUCAAUGCGCCUUCAAGUCACCCCAAGCGUGGGCGUUCCACCUCCUGAUAACAGAGGUAUUUUCCCUUUAUUCGAGCAUCAAGCGGUCACUUUUCUACGGCACCGCUGCCAAUUACCUUCAGGCUCAGCUCGAUUCAUGGCAUUCUGACGACGCCAACUGGUUGACGUACGACCAGCGAUGGCGAAUCCACGGGCGCUUUAUCGAGCGAGGGAUCAACUGGUUCGACAAGACCUUUGCUCGGGGGAACAGCAAUGUCGACGCCAUCAACAACGUCUACCACUGCCUCGAAUCGCUAGAACCGCACGUCUCUGCGGCGUGCGUCUCUCAGAUCAUCGACGAGAACUGGGACCCGCUCGUGCCGCUCGUGGGCCUCGUCCAACCUGCCCUGGAGAACUUCCAAAUGCAACCCAUGGCCGAAGAUGUACCCGAAGCAUUUUCCAAUGACAUGAUUUUAUCCAGCUAUCUCGUCGUGCACCACAAAGCCGACAACCGCAUCGCCUUCCGCUGCAUGGAGCAAUGUGCGAGGAUGCUAAACUCCCCGGCGCUGAACACGGAGUUCACUGCCAUAAUUCUAGAAGUGCUCAAAGUAGUCACGUCCCCGACCUCAACGAGCCCGUCCGAUUUACUCGUCACACAGCUUCUAACGGCCUUCAAGAGGCUGUUCGCCUCAAAUCUUCUUUCCAUAGACGAAGUACCGACUUUCUGGUCCGUCGUCCUCAGGAUGGCAAAGCAAAAUGAGCUACCGGCGGGAAGGAGCCCCCUCCCUUUGACCUCAGUCCGCGCGCUGCUGAAACACGUCGAACGCUGGCUCGCGCGCGUCGUGGAUUCUCCCCACCUCACGAUCGCCGAUAAGCAAUACAUCGUCACUCGUUGUUCUAUAGGUAUUUCGAGUAUCCGCGGCAUGCUUAACCCUCCGCCUGAAGAUAAUCAGCCUGACGUUGGAGAAGACGACUCGGAUUUAGAUGAACAAACUUUCUCCCUCUUCCAGGAGGUCCUUGAUCGCAUGCUGACAUCAUUAGGAGGGUCGUAUUCGACACUGAAGCCUUGGGUUGGCUCGGAGAACUGGGGAAGGGCGACCCCAGGGCUAUAUUAA